CCCGCGGGGCUUCUCGGGGCGAUCGGGCCGAGCGGCGGGGGCGCCAUGGACUUCCGUGUCCAGCCCGACUUCCAGCCUCGCUGAGCGGCGGCCGCCCCCACGUGCUUCCUGCCGCAGAAGCCGCCCCACACGCCGACCAUGUCUAUUAUGGACCACAGCCCCACCACUGGCGUGGUCACGGUCAUCGUCAUCCUCAUCGCCAUCGCCGCCCUGGGGGCGCUGAUCCUGGGCUGCUGGUGCUACCUGCGGCUGCAGCGCAUCAGCCAGUCGGAGGACGAGGAGAGCAUCGUGGGGGAUGGCGAGACCAAGGAGCCCUUCCUGCUGGUGCAGUAUUCGGCCAAGGGACCCUGCGUGGAGAGAAAGGCCAAGCUGACCCCCAACGGCCCGGAAGUCCACGGCUGAGCUGGGAUGCAGCGGCUCCCGGGCCGGGCUGCAGCCAGCCGAGCGGCGUGCGAGGAGCGGAAUCAUGCAGACGUGCUGCUGCCGGAGGAGGGCUGAUGCCGGCAUGGCCUCGCCUGGCUUCACCAUCGCAUGCACUGACUCCCGGGGUUCCAGCCGUCCCGAGCAGGACGCCAUGGCCCUGGGCAUCCCCUUGGCUUCCUGGCCGGGCCACCCAUUGCAGGCAGUGGGCAGGCCUGGCCUUGCUGGGGCUCCUGGCCCCCUAGCGCUUUUGUUACUUGAAUGUUUAGCUGAGCCUGUUUUUGACGGAGCUACUACUGUAAUGCGUGAACUCACAAACCUGUGAACUGUAAAUAGGCCCCCAAAGCACGUGCUUAAACCUUUUUUUGCUGAUUUUUUAAACAUUGUAUAGAGCACAUGGGACCGACCGCGCCGCGGAGGGGCUGAGCCAGGGCUAGGGAGGGGGGCGCAGACCUGUCAGGCCCGAGGUGCACUUGGAGGGGCCCGCUGAUGUAGGGGUGUGUGCGCGGCCAGAGGAAGUGGCCAGUUGGUUUGAAGUCUCGCAGUGGGCCAGGGGGGGUGCUCCGGUGACCUCUGCUUGGGUAGCCGUGGGCGGAGCCGAGCCACGCCCCCCGACGUUUCUAGGUAGAUCCGGAGGUGCGCCGCCUGCUCCUGUUGUCGGUGGAGCAGUUGCAAGGAAGCUAUUUGAGCUGCUUGGGAGCCAGUGAAGGACGAGUCCACAGUCCUGAGGGCUGCCCGGUGGCCACGUAGCGGAGCAGUGUCUUGCCCCCUGGCCUUGCGCAUGCCAGUAUGCCCGUCCCAGCCCCCCCUCCCCGUCAUGGCUCCGACCCCCCUGGAAACUCCCGAGCCCAUGUGGCUGCCUCUACCUGAGACCCAGUUGGCCCAGGAAAGAGAAAAAAAUGUGUCUCUGUGGGUUGUUGUAUUUAAUAUUUUCUGCACUGGAAGGGGGCAGGAGAGUUGAAUGGUCUCCCCCCCUUCCCUUUUCCUAAAUAACGUCCUCUCAGAUUACCACCCAUCUGCUGGGUGCUGUGUCCACCGUCCCUGAUCUGAGAGCCCCAGGCCAUUUCCUGCUUACACAAGCACAGAUGCCCCUAGCGGGGCGGCAGGCAAGGACAGGUUCAGGGCCUGGUUCUCACGAGGAUGAGGGGCUGGUGGCUGCAGGAGAGGCCAGCACCCCAGCAGCCUCUUCUCCUAAGUGACCCUGUGUGCAUGUGCCUAAGCUCGCUUAGAUCUCUAGCCCACCACUGUAAGCACAUUCUCCACGGCUGCAAUUAAACAGGACCAGUUGGCAUCCUGGGAACCAAAACUGGCCUCAGCACUGGGGCAGCCUGCCAGCAGCCGGGGCGAGGGCUCCCAGGUGGCAGCAGACCACAGCCUCCCCGCCACCCCCACCAAAGUUCUGGUCUCCUGGGCAGGCUGAAAGCGCCCCUCUGGCCUCAUCAAGUCCCCACUGAGAACUAAACUACUUUCUGGAACCCCAAGCAGGGAGCUUAGGGAACACUCAUUGUAGCAGCAAACAUGCCUACAUCGGGGGAUCAAAAUGAGCUUGGGGAAAAGGGAGAGAGUAGCUAAUUAGGCAAUUUCAACUGAAGGCAUGAAUGAGAUACCCCAGGUGGGCGACCAGGGAAGCCUUAGAAAGCAGCUGGGCCUUAGCAGAGAGGCCAUGCCUUUGGGUCCCUUACUGGGGUGGCCAGGCAUGGGUCUGGAGGGACCAGGAUACAGAGCAGGCAGCGAGCUGGUGAAAGAUUUGGGAGGUCUGCUUUCUAAUUCCCCUCUCAUUCCAGAACUUCCCAGCUUUCUACCUCUACUUUCCACAGCCAGCAGCACACACCUGGGCUGUCUGUCCACCUGAGUCAUCCAGGAGCAGACGUCUGGGACUUGCAGUCUCUGGGCCUGACCGUGACUGCCAGACCUGCCCUGAGCUUCUUUGCUUGCCAGUGAGGUGUUGAGAUGAAGUGUCACUUUUGCCUCAUUUUCACUUGUGAGGGUGGCAGCCUGUCUGCCCCAUUGGUGCAGUGGCCACGCUGGGGCGGCGGGUGGGGGUGAGUGGCAUGGUGGGGCACCGGUGGGGGGGUGGGGAGGUAGUGAAAAAUGCCUGUAGAACUGGUGAAUAACCACAUAAUAGCUCUCACUGUUCUUAUGUAUCAAUAGCUACUUUUUUUUAGCGUAGACACCAGAGCCACACACUCCAAUGGCUUAGGAAGUUAUGACCUCUCAUUGAAUUCUUUCUGAAUAGCCCGACUGUUGUGUGCAAGUCUUCUUACUAGUCUGUCAAGAAACUAACCUUUCAUCCUGCACGUCAUCGCAGCAGCAACAGGAGGGGCAGGGAGGGAACUCUGACGCUGAGCCACCGAGAUACGGACUAACUUUCCAAACAGAUCUUCAAAUGGACUGUGCUACUGUUUCUGUCUCAAAGCUACCAAGUUUGUGCAAUAAGUGGAAGGGAUGGCAUCCCUGUUCAAUAAAAGCUGAAUGACAUUCAAGUUGAUUUUCUAGACCACUGAGAAAAUCUUUAUUUACAAUAAAUUUCAAUAAAAUUUGCAUAAAUAUUCCCAAUGUACAGUGUUCAUCUCUGAU